AUGAACAGUUUAAGCACAUUCCUUCUAGUAGCGGCGUUGGCGACAGCCUAUGCUAGCACGCUGGACCGGGCGUCCAACUACCCAGUCUCUCCAGAGCUUGCCGAAGAAUACGACUGCGAGAAAAGCUGUCAAGAGUACCUAAACACGACAAAUAUAUCUGAUCUUGAAGACUUCGAUACGCCCUUUGACUUUGACUUCUACGCAACGGCCGAUAAUUUCUCUUCCUCCAAACCCGGUGAUGUCCUGAAGCUUGUGCCAGUCAAUCCCAAGCUCAUGAACGUCCCCGGAGGUAUCACGACAUACAAGAUGCAGUACACAUCAGUCGACCUGGAUAAUUCCACUGUUCCCGCUACCGCAUUCAUAGCCUUUCCAUACGUUUACCAAGCCGACCCAUACAAGCUUAUCGCUUUCGCACAUGGAACAUCCGGCGUAUUCCGAGGCUGUGCUCCAUCGACCUCCUCUAACUUCUACGACUAUGAUACCUGGAUCCCUCUCCUGUUCACAGGCUACGCUGUUGUCGGCACUGACUACGUUGGCUUGGGAAACAACUACACGAACCACAAAUAUAUCGCUACCAAGGCAAACGCAAAUGACAUCUACUGGUCAGUCAUUGCAGCGAAGAAGGCUUUUCCGCGCGACCUAUCUGAGGAAUGGGUCUCGAUCGGGCACUCGCAGGGCGGGGGUGCGUCUUGGAAGCUGUCAGAACAAGAACAGGUACAGAGAGAGGAGAGCGGAUACUUAGGGGGGGUCGCGGUUGCACCCAAUACGCAUAUCUACAACGCUGUUCUAGAGGGACUCAGCUUGACCGAGGGCUCCUCGGGCGACGAACUCCAGGGCUAUGGAUCCAGUUCCUACGUGCCUUCGCUCUACUUUGCUCUGCGGGCUGUUUAUCCCAACUACACCGCGCCCUUCCUGUCCGACCUCGCCAAGAGACGGAUUGGGCUGGGGGAGCGUGCCCAGCUCUGCGCAGCUGCCUUACCCGCUGUGUUGCGCGACCUGGACUCCUCACAGAUCUUAUCAAAUGACACUCUCAAUAGUUUAUCGGCAAUCAAGGAAUUUCAAGACCUGAACGCCCCCGGGCAGGGCGAUACGACUUCACGGCCGCUUCUUGUCAUUGUGGGCGGGAAUGAUACUACGGUAUAUCCAAGCAUCACAAAACGAGCCUACGAGCAGAGCUGUGAGGCCGGAAAUUCCCUGCAGCUGAGCAUCUAUCCGGGGCUAGAACAUUCGGCAGUGUUUGGAGCGUCAGCCCCAGAGUGGCUUGGUUUCAUUGACAGGCUUUUCCGGGGCCGGGGAUUGUGCGAAUGUAGCUUAGAAACUAUGUGGCCGUUUGAUGCACCUCAUGCUAGGAAGCCUCAGGAAUAGUUUAGAGCAGGCACUGAAGUACAUUUAUUAUCAUUGUAUUUGGUCUGUUUCCGGCGUGCUUUCG